GAAACGGACCCAGGGUCUAGAAGCUCAAAAACUGGGGCAGCUUAAAAUCCAUCUUUGCCACCCCCACCCCAGGAAUUGCACCCGUUUUCCUUGUCCACCAGCUUGGUCUCGCGCAGGCCAGGCCAGCAAGGGGCUGAUCUUUCUGGAGAGUUCUGGCCUCUGGACCACUAACCAGGUCCUUGUGAGAUGCAGCUUUUCCUCCUGCCUUAUUUCUUACCCCCCCUUUUACUGAAACUCAGCAGCCAAAAGGUGACGUGAUCCGCCCCAUCCUGCUUCCCUUGCCGGACCGGGCCAGUGGUGUCAUGGACAAUUUCCUGCGUGAACAGACAAGCCGCUCGACUCCUCCGGCGCAGAGAUUGCUGGAAAGGAGGAAACGGAGUUGCACGAUUGUGCAAGCCUCAUGUUUCGUCAGGGGGGAAGGGCCAAAGGGGGGAGAGAGGGCAGAGGGAGUUUCCCGCAAGUGUGCUGUGCUACUCAGCAGGUGACUCAAACACGGCAGGGACGGCGGGGGAAGCGGGCUUGGCGGAGGGCAGCUGAGGUGAGCUGGCUCGCUGGACAGAAGAGAGGAAGGAGCCUUGAGCUGAUCUCGGCGGGGAGGAGACACUGGUGGAAUGGAGGUAGCAGAGAAACUCCUGGGCCUGGCCCGCGUUAUCUACGCCCAGUGUGAGCAAGUGAAGUGCUGCAAGCACCAGAGCCGCCGCCUGGCGACCCGCAUUCAGCUCCGGCUGCGGCCCGUGGAGGCCCUCCGGGCGCGGCCGCCCGCCCACGUCUCCCCCCAGCUCCUGAAGACGCUGCAGCAGCUGCUGGAGACCCUGGAGACGGCCCGGGGGCUGGUGCCGAAGUACAGCCAGACCCACUGGCUGGAGAAGUUCCUGAAGGCCGGCGACGUCGCCGAGGGGUUUGGGCGGGUGAACGAGCGGCUGGGGGACGCUGCCGAAGGGCUCUCGCUCCUGCUGCAGGCCGAGCAGAAACAGGCCUUCCUCGGGGCCUUCCGGAGGGACGCCCGCGGCACGGAGGACCACCACGACGGCCAGGCCGACACGGCCCUCUGGGAGGAGCUGCUCGCAAGGAGCAGAGAGACCAAAGAUGCAGUGGACAAUGUCCACAGUGACCUCAAGCACGUGGGCACCAAGGUGGAGGAUGUGGGAAGCAAGGUGGAAGAAGUUCGCCAAAUGAUGAAAGAGCUGCAGGACGCAGUCAUGAAGAAGGACAAUGCCGUCCCGAGGGAGGAAGUCACUGAGAUUAGGAUGGAGGAUCUCACCAAGACCCCGUGGACCUUCCUGAUGGAAUCCAAAAGCCACACACUCUACAAAGGCGAAUUCUACAAGUACCCUGUGGCCAUCAAAGUCUUCAAAAACCCAGUGAUCACCUGCACGGAGAAAGUGAGGGAGAUUUUCCGGAAGGAGAUUGAAACCAUGAAGAAGUUUGAGUCUCCGAACAUCCUCCGCAUGUACGGGAUCUGCAUCGACGAGAGCGGCUCGAGCCCUCGUUUCUCCAUUGUCAUGGAGUACUGUGAAAAGGGGACCCUGCGGGACGUGCUGACCAAGAAGCCUGGGCUCCCCUGGGAGACUCGCGUUCGGAUGGCAGUGGACGCAGCGAGGGGCCUCUACAGGCUGCACCAGACGGCGGCGAAGUCCAAACUGCAUGGCUGCAUCAACAGUAGCAAGUUCCUGGUUGCUAAAGGUUACUGCGUGAAGCUCUCCGGGUUUGAACUGAGUAAGACGGAGUCGUCCCUGAAGAGGGGCUACAAGAAGAAACAGACCCAGGUCCCUGCUUCAGCUUACAUCUGUCCCCUGGGCCUCGCCUCCCUGAGCCACAUGUACGAUGUGCCCAGUGAAAUAUACAGCUUUGGGAUCGUCCUGUGGGAGAUCGCGACCGGCAAAAUCCCAUUUGAAGGUGGGCAAAGGGGGUUUCUUUUCAGUCCUAUCUCAAGCAUCUGGCUGAGCACCCUGUGGGCCAGUCCAGAUGUGCUCUGCAGAUGCUGGGUGAUAUUUGGGAUCAAAUGUACCUCGUGGCAAACGCUCCCAAUAGAGAUCUACUGCUCAGAGCAUCAGAUCCAGAGGGACUAUGGAAGGACUGAAAGAUGGUCCAACAGGUCUCUAUCCGCAUGGACCAGACGGCGGAGUUGCUUUAACGCUGGACUCUUGCCUGGAAUUUAGGAUCCAGCUCAGCAAAGCACCUAGACACACACUGAAUUGUAAGCACGUCUAAUCCCAUCCCUAGGCAUGUGCUUCAUGCCCCUGAAGUGACGGAUGUGCCUUCUGCAGGCAGGGGUGUUGCGGAGGAGUUCCUUAAGGAUGCCCCAUGUUACAAAAUGCAGGACAAUGUAGCACUUUAAAGACUAACAAGAUGGUUUAUUAGAUGAUGAGCUUUCGUGGGCCAGACUCACUUCCUCAAGGAUGCCCCAUGUUACAAGGCUUGCAAUCCCAGCUCUUCCCCACUGUAGGCUUUCCAGGCCAAUUGGG